AUGUGCGACUGCGUCACAAAAUACGUGUUCCUGUGGCAUGUUUUGGUUGACAAAAGCUGCAUGAAUUCCUCAAAUCAUGGCGAUCCCUAUAGCCAUCUUGGACUGUGACCUGCUGUUACACGGUCGAGGACACAAGACCCUGGACCGCUUUGACCUGGACUCUGUUCCAGACAACUUGCUCCUCACACAGUUUGGCUUCCCUAGAGAGUUUAUUCUGUAUCUGGUGGAAAUACUCCGCGAUGCUCUGUGCAGACGUACUCAGCGGUCCAGAGCCAUCAGUCCUGAGGUCCAGGUGCUGGCUGCUUUGGGCUUCUACACAUCCGGCUCCUUCCAGACAUCGAUGGGAGAUACUAUAGGGAUCAGCCAGGCGUCAAUGUCAAGAUGUGUGUCCAACGUGACCAGAGCCCUGGUGGAGAAAGCUCCACAGUUCAUCACGUUAAACAGGGACCCCUCCAGCACAGAGCAGUCCUUCCAGGAGUUUCAGAGGGUGGCAGGAUUCCCAGGAGUCCUAGGGGUGCUGGACUGUGUUCAGGUCACCAUCAAAGCUCCUAACAGCGAAGACUCGUCCUACGUGAACAAGAAGGGGUUUCACUCGGUGGGCUGCCAGCUGGUUUGUGAUGCCCGAGGAUUGUUACUCAGCGCCGAGACACACUGGCCGGGAGGACUCAGAGACACCGAGGUUCUGGAAAGAUCUGCUCUCCAGAAACACCUGCAGGACACUGAGGAGGGCUGGCUCCUGGGUGACCGUCGUUACCCUCUGAGGAAGUGGUUGAUGACCCCGGUGGACUGCCCUGAAUCCCCUGAAGAGUUACAGUAUAAUCUGGCCCACACCGCCACACAUGAGAUAGUGGACAGAACCUUCAGAGCCAUCCAGACCAGAUUCAGAUGUUUGGACGGCACCAAAGGAUACCUACAGUAUUCUCCGGAGAGGAGUUCUUCCAUCCUGCUGGCCUGCUGUGUUCUCCACAACGCCUCGCUGCAGUCGGGGUUAGACGCCUGGACUCUGGAGAGGACCGACCCUCUGGAGCAGCCGGAGAGUCUCGAGCAGAGACCGGAGGACCGAGACAGCCGGGCAGAGGAGCUCCGGAAAGAUCUCAUCCUCAAACACUUCAGCUAAACUCAAACCAGAUCAAGAUUGGGACUGGGAUCAUCAUUUUCUUUUAACAAACAACACAUUUCAAGCAAGAAAGGCCACGGACACGUUGUUGCUGAUGCAGGUUUUUUAUAUUUUGCUGGUUUCUACUCUACUGACUACACUAAGAUAACAUAGAAGUAUAUGGAGGAACAUGCAGGACGCUAUACAACAAACUGAGACAACAUGGUACCCGAACACAUUUCAAAUAUCUGGAAGUGCUUCAUUAUUCACUCGGUGGAAUAAUGAAACACUUCCUGGUGUUUUACAACUAUUCAAACUGUGUGCAGCUGCUGUGUUAUCACAGUUUCUUUACAGGUGGAAAAAGUCACCCUCCCUUUAUUUUUUAUUCCCUCCCCGCUUUACAUUUUUAUUCCCAAAUAUCCCAAUUGUUUUCUUUAUUUCCACAGGUUUAAAUCUUGGACUAUGUCACAAUACAAAAAAACGAGGCCCUUAUUUACAACAACUGCACAUUAGGUGGUCAUUAUUUAUGUACACUGGUGCAUUAAGACGGUUACGGGUGAGAAUGACAGGGUGUUUGCGCAACGGGCUGCAGUCACAUGAUGUUUUUGUGUACACACACACACAAAAUGAAAUACAAACAGAGAUGAAUAAGAAACAUUUGUUGUGUUGUGGAGAUCAAAAACAGGAUUUCUGAGCAUUACAUAAAUGUAAUAAUGAAUAAAAGGAAGUGGAUUGGGA